AUGAAGGAGACAUUUCUGGUGGCCCACAUCCCUAUGGAAAGAACCUAUGGAGGGGACAUUGGUGGCCCACGUCCCCAUGGAGGAGACAUUUCUGGUGGCCCACGUCCCCCCGGAGAGAACCUGGGGAAGGGACAUCUGGUGACCCACGUCCUUCCGGCCAGGAGGAGCCAACGGACAGGACACGUCUCGCGGCUCGUGUCCUCCCGGCCAAAGGGAAAUCACGGACGGGACGGAACCCACCUGCGUCCCCGCGUCCCCGGAGACGGGCAGGGGACGAAGGACGAGGACAGGAUCAUCGGGGGAUACCCCUGCAUCCCCUCCUCCCAGCCCUGGCAGGUUUAUAUCUACAGCCCCGUGCGCUGCGGGGGGAUCCUCCUGCGGGACAACUGGGUGCUCUCGGCCGCGCACUGCAACAGCAGGUGGGGACAGCCCGGGGGGGGACGUGGACGGACAGGAGGCCUCCGCCUGCGCCUGGGCGAGAACGAUCUGCAGCAAGAGGAGGGGACGGAGCAGAACCGCCUGGUGAUGAAGGCCAUCCCCCACCCCGCCUUCAACCGCGUCACCCUCGACAACGACCUCCUCCUCCUCAAACUCGACCGGCCCGUGGUGCUGAACCGCGCCGUGCAGCCCCUCGCCCUGCCCCGCGCCUGCGCCCCGCCCGGCACCACCUGCCUCGUCUCCGGCUGGGGCACCAUCACCACCCCGCAAGGUGAGACGCCGCCGGGAGGAAAGGCGUGGGAAACCCCGCAUAACCGAUGCGUAGCCUAUAACGUAACCUACGAGCAACCUACGAUGACCAUCCCCCGGCACCUGAUCUGCGCCUACGUGGACAUCAUCCCCACCUCCACCUGCCGCCAGGCCUACCCCCAACGCAUCACUCCCAACAUGCUUUGCGCCGGGGUGCGCAACCAGCGCAUCGACUCCUGCCAGGGUGACUCCGGGGGGCCGCUGUCCUGUAACGGGACCCUCCAAGGCAUCGUGUCGUGGGGGCUGCAAACCUGCGCCCUGCCCGGGCGCCCGGGGGUCUACACCCGCGUCUGCAACGUGGGUUGGAUCCAGACCACCAUGAAUCGCAACUAG